AUGUCGAGAUGGUCGUUAUUUCCUUUUUUCAUUAUAAUAGAACUCAUGAUUAUGUCUACAGCUUCGCUGUCGAUUUUGCUAGUCGAGUCCCUCAUGUCGACUAGUCAUCACAUUUGGGCGAUGACUUUGGUAAAAGGACUACUCCAAGUGGGUCAUCAUGUACAUGUGGUGAGCAUUCACGAAGCCAACAUCGAAGAUAAUUUGGUGCAGAAUUUGACAUACGCUGUUUUCGAAAAUGUGAUGAAAGAUAUACGCGAAACCAAUGCUCACAAUUUUAUUGAAUGCAUGGACUUUAGUGUAUUUUACACUAUAUAUUAUGAAUAUUCUUGGAGCAUCAAUACGUGUGAAAAAAUAAUCCAGACCAAAGGGGCGAAGGAGCUUUUAGAAAUGGUUAAACACCAUGAAUUUGACGUGAUAGUACAGGACAUUACGUUACAUCAAUGCCUAUAUGGAUUGUGGCAGGUUGCAAAAGCUAAACCACCUAUAGUAGGAUUUAUCCCGUUCGGCCCUGCACCCUGGCUGAAGGAAUACAUCGAUUGCCCGAAUUAUCCAAAUAUGCGACCUUAUGGGUAUACAGCGGUCGUGAGACCUGCAAAUCUCUGGCAAAGAACGUUAAAUGUUCUUUAUUAUAUCAUAGAAGAUUUUAUCCGACACUACUAUUUUUUGCCCGCUUCUCAACGGCUUGCCGAGCAAUAUGUAGGUCACAAAAUCAGGCCAUUACGUGAAUUAGAGAAAACGAUUAGCAUCGUGUUGAUAAAUAGUCAUUUCACAUUUGACAAUGCAAUUCCGUUGCCGCCAAACACCAUAGAGGUUGGUGGGAUGCACGCUCAAGUGCAGUCAACCACUGGGGUAGAUGCAACUUACUACGAGAGUAUGUCUAAAUUCCUUGAUGAAGCAAAAAAUGGAGUUAUCAUAAUAUCAUUUGGAACAAACGUAGAUUGGAAACAUAUUGGAUUAAAUAAACUGAAAGCCGUCGUGUUGGCUUUGUCAAAAUUGAAGCAACGAGUACUUUGGAAGCUAAAUAUUGAUGUGCCAGUCAAAAUGCCGGACAACGUGAUGACCGUUACAUGGUUUCCCCAAAACAAUGUUUUGAGUCAUAAAAAUGUAAUAGCAAUUUGGACGCAUGGCGGUUUUCUCAGUAUGCAGGAAGCUAUCUGGAAAGGUGUUCCAGUGAUCGGGAUGCCUGUCUUUUUGGAUCACACAUAUAACGUAGAGACUCUAGAAGCGAAAGGUGCAGGUUUACGUUUGGACUUUAAAGCAUUAUCAACGCAAUCUGUAUUAAAUGCACUUGAAGAGAUAGUUUACAAUAAGAGUUACAUGGAAAAUAUGAAACAGUUGUCCAAUGAAUAUCGAGAUCGUGCAUUGCCACCGUUAGAUCUGGCGAUUUGGAAUAUUGAAUAUGCCGUUCGCAAUCCAAAUGGCUUAGCAUCGCCGGUCAGAUCUCAGAGUUGGAUGGAGAAGAACUUGAUUGAUAUAUAUGCGAUUCUGGCCCUUAGUUUGGUCGUAAUAUUGUCAGCUGUAUUCUUUGCAAUGAAGAUACUAUAUAUUUAUUUAUGUAAGAGUACUGCAUCUACAUCAUGUAAAGACAAACUAAUGUAAAGCCUUAAAAUAUUAAGAACAUCAUUAGUCACCUAUUAUAAAUAUUUAAAUAUUACUUAUUCUCGCUCGUUAUUUGGCUACAACUGUCUCUCCUUCUUUCGUUAUGAUUUUCUGAUCGGAGAGUUUCUUCUUCGGUAUGAGAUGAAGAAACGAAUAUUCGUAAUAAAUCUAAUUAAAUUACUAAAUAAUUGUUUUAUAUUGUUUCAUUCAUUUUAUAUAAAAUAGUAGUAGUUAACGUUAAACACAAAAAACAAAUAGGCAAAACAUAAAUUAUCAUGUGUAAUAAUAGAAUAACACAGCUCGAUAUAAAUAGUGCGCAAAAAUAAACGUUGCUCGAAAUAGAGCGAUAACAAAAUAUACGUUGCUCACCAUUCGCUGUACACACUUAUCGCAACUACAUAAUAAACGUGACCUACAUAUAUGGACGUUAUGUAUGUAUGUUUAUUAUAAUAAACAUUACAUAAUAAACAAGUCAGAAGUGCGUAGUUUCCUAAACCCGGCUCCAAGAUCCAUGUUCCAAGGAUUUGAAGCUCAUUUCGCGCUAUCACGACUGGAUUAAGGCAUUAAGGAUAUCCGAGCAGUCAGUCAGCAUUCGCACUUCGGAUUAAGAUGUCGAUCUAUUGGUAUCUAUUGCAUUAGCUUGGCAAUAUUGUUUGAUUGUAUAUUCGGUCCGAAAAGUAUCAAUUAAAUAAACGUUUAUAUCAUCACGUAGGUCGAUGUGUGGUUAUUUUAUGUAUUAGUCAUGAUUUGGACAGGACAUUUAAUCGUUACUUUCCCUUGAAAUAUUUCAUUCGGCGAAAUAUCGGCAAACGUAUUUAUAAUUACAGUUUUCCGCAUUUAUGGGCAACAUUUUAAAUACCCAAAUACUUCAAUAAUUACUAUUCGGAAACUGUCUACAGAAAGUAUUACUGUAUAUAUCAAAAUAGUGUUCCGUGAAAUAACAUACGUAAGACUCCGUACGGGCUAACGAUAAACCAAAA